AUGCCUUUCCCACUCACUUAUCCCGGAUUUAAAUGCGUUUUGGAACAUUUAGAGGCUGUUAAGCGAGCACAUAUCAUUGGCCGUGCACCAGGACUUCAAAAAAUAGAUAAAUUGAUUCCACUACGUUUGAGGGAUUUCUAUAUUAUCUGUGACAAAAUGACUAUCAACAAUUGGAUAAUUCGAUAUUCUGAUAACGAUGAAGUAGAAUUCGAAAUGAAUGGCAAAACAUUCAGCCGGGAGGGAUCAGCGGGCCUCGAAGACAAAAUGAAGAAAUUUGUCAACUUUUAUUUCUGUGAGAGGAGAGUAAUCCAUGUGGACAAGUUGUGUUGGUUUGACGGUUUGCUCCCAGAUUUCUUGCCGGUCGGUAUGAAAUUCAAAGUGAAUUCUUUGACUGCACCCUUUCUGUUCGAUACCGCAAUUCCUUUUAUUGACCCUCGUAGUUUUCCUCUGAAAACUCUGGCUACUAUCGCUAACGCUCCAAUCUUUGACGACCCAGUUGUUCAGUCAGCAGAAACUCUUAAUCUGAAUCUCUUUUAUUGCCGGAGAGUUCCUGUCAGAGACCUUAAGAAACUUAACAACCGCACAGUGGUAUUCGAACACUGUAGCUUCUCCAGACUUGAUAUGGUUUUAUUGAUUAAAUAUCACAUUGAAACAAAGCAAGAUAUUAGAACCAUUUUUGUGAUUUCAACAAGUAAAAUAUAUGUUAUCCGGGAGAUGUUCAGUGACUUGGAACUAAGGUUUGGUGAAUUUCAAUGCGAUUUUGAUUUCAAUGAAAGAUUUAUUUACGACUCGCCUAAGUUCUCCAUCCCAAUCAACAACGAGUCUAGAAUCCAAGUGUACGCAAUCGAGGAUCCAGAAGAAGAUUGUUCCUAUAAAAUGAUUGUGAAACCAGUGUCUGGAUAA